CAGUUUGUUAACACGCGUUAAACUGAACAAUGGUUACUAUAACUCACUAGCACGCCUUUAAUGCUCGCGUUGCUAAUUUACAAGAUUAGUGUAUACUACUUAUCGAGCUUUCGGCCGGCAAACAGCGAUGGAGGUGUUGAUCGACUGCUACUUCGACAAGUUAUUCGCUGAAAUGGAACGCAGUUGCCUAGCCUCGCGAUACAAGCGUCGCGAGAUGGUGGGCUACUUUACAGACGUGAUAAAUAGCGUUUCCGAAGGUAACACCCGAAGAAACCGAACGUCUCCUAAACAUUAUUCCCAGGAACGAUUGAAAUCAGCGGAGAACCUCGACAAAGAAGACGUCUGUGAGAGAAUAGUAAUGUCUGCCCUCCGCUACCAUAACAUCGCGAUGAUGGAGAACGGAUACGUAUGUCUACUCGGGAAAUUCCACAACGUUCUAUACGUAGCAGCGAAGCUGUGCUUCGACUGGAACCUUAACAACAACGAAAUCGUGUCUCGGUUGCUCAACGAUAUUUUCUACUGUGAGAAGACUUUCGAACGGAUCCUGGUGGGCGCUAUUUUCGGCACCCGAGUGACACACUUCCUGUCCGGUUGGAAAAGCGACUUUGACGACCGCGAGGAGAACAUGCGGGCUUUGAUAUACUUUUUGCACCAUUCGACGGUAGGACGAUUAGAGUACCUUUGCGCGUGUUCGUCUGUUAAAAGGCGAUUCGUCGACGUCCCUAUGGAGUCUUACGGGCAAGCGUUACCCUUGAGAGUGGCUAUUCAACACGGCUCACCGGACAUUCUUUUGAUCAUGCUCCGUUACGGGGCUUCGGUCGAGUGCGACAAACUAGCUCCAGCCCCGCUCGAGAUGCUUCUGAUCAAGCUUAGCGAGUACGACGCUCAACCUGGUGAAGAUCGGAUCGCUUAUCCAGAGCACUUGCUCCUCUGUUUGAGGCUGGUGCUAAGAACAGUGACGACGGCGUUUGUGAAGACGCCUAGUCAUAUUGCCGAGCAGAGCGGUAUUUUCAGUGUCUCUCUUUGCGAACAGUACCCGACGUUGGUCGAACAGAAGCUGGUCCCGCCCGAGAGGAGUGGCAUGAGUCCGCCCGAAUUGAGACAUCUCUGUCGUUGUCGCAUUCGCGAGACGUUGUUCCAGAAUUGGGCGUUGCCGCAUGGCAUUCAACAACUUCAAAUACCGGAGUCGUUGAGAAAUUAUUUGGACCUUCUUACUGAUUGAGAUUACAAUAUCAAAUGGCAUUUAAAAGACAAUUGAAGAAUGCAACGAUGCUUGCCAUUGAGGCCUUACAAUACAUCUAUAAUAUCGUGUCAUUUUCAUUUUUUAUGCAAUGUUUCAUAUUUGUAACGCGUGAUAAAAAAUGUAUGUGUGUAAUGCGUAACGAAUGAGAUGUAAAAUGAAUUUCAACGUCGAGAAACGAAAGGUCAAUGUUUUAGGUCACAAUCAGUUGUAGCAGUUAAAUCAAAGAGUCGCGGUAGUUUAAGAGAAACUCGGGUUCAGUAGGUCCGCAAUAAUUAUGCAUUGUAGUAUGUAGACGUUAAUGAAUACUUGAGAACCGGAGAAAUUCUUCUUAAACCGUGAAUCCUUCUUUCUCACAAGUCAUAUCCUUUUCGCCUUUUCGACAUGGUAACGCAAUUAUGAAUUUCUACUUUUAAAUUACUAUUAUUAACACUAUUUAAGUUUGCUGAAAAUAGUGUACAGCAAUAUCUAUUUAUACGACGUACCUGUUCUGACCUAUAAAUACGGGGUGUCAAUCAAAUACGUACGAUUAAUGGCUCACGGGGAAACAACGAAAUAUUGAAAUAUAAAGUACCCAGGAGAUCGACUGACAGUCGUUGUAACUGUUUCAACUGACGUACUGCAUUAAAUUUUAUCCCUCUGCUAUGACUGAAUUUCCCUCGGGGAUGAUAGCCUCGAUCUCUACUAGAUUUUCCAGGGGUUGUACGCGCAAUUCAAUUAUCUUGCCCUUUAAUAAUGCAUUGUCAUAGUUGUCGGUAGUUGUCGUUUGUAAAUGUUUCACGUGGUAACAACGAUACUCGAGAUUUCUAAUAAUGUUGACGCGCUAUUCGAUACAAGUUUUAAGAUGUAGUACGUUCAUUAAAACAUUUAAUAAUGCUCGUAAUACGUCUGCGAUUCAUAAAGAAUUAAAUA